AUGAUGAUUAUAAAAUCAAACAAACUAGCACAAAGUGCAGUUCUCAAGAAAAUUCUCAAGAGAUUCUCAAGCUUGGGAAAGAAACAUGGCUAUGAGGAUGAUGGCCUCCCACCCGACGUGCCAAAAGGGCACUUUGCUGUGUAUGUUGGAGAGAACAGAAGCAGAUACAUAGUUCCAAUCUCAUUCUUGUCUCAUCCUGAGUUCCAGUGUCUGCUCCGGAGAGCCGAGGAAGAGUUCGGCUUCACUCACAACAUGGGUCUUACUAUUCCCUGUGAAGAAGUGGUUUUCCGAUCACUAACUUCAAUGCUCAGAUGA